AUGCCUGAGGCUUUACAUGCCUUGCUCGCCAGCGAAGAUGAAUCCAACAAGCUGGAGGGGGUGAUACCCAAACUGGCUCAAUUGUUUGAGCACGACAAGCGCAGCCAGGUGGCUUAUCUCUGCACUGAUGUCGUUGUGCAGGUGUCCAAGAUCCCAUGCGAAGGUGCCACGUUCUGUUGCUAUCGGAAUAUCCAGAUGUUGGCGUUAGGCGCUGGUCUAGCGGCGGAAGGUAUGAAUGUUCUCCGGAUGCAGGAUAUGAUCGAGAAGGCUUGGGAUGAGGGCCAUAACCCGUUUGGAAGGGUUCAGACGGGUGGAAUCCGGGGUACACGGAAGCAUGUCGGGACUUUUGAGGUUGAGGCACUGCUGUUGAGCCUUGGAGUUCCUUGUACCGUGAAGGGCUAUUAUGGAGUCGGCGCGCAAGAGGAACUGCUGGACUUUGUUGAAGGCUACUUCUCCUCGGCCGAAGAAGCCAAAAUCGUCAACUCUUUGUCCAGGGUGCGCUCAACUAAGAAGGCGCCAAUCUAUCUGCAGCGGCCGGGACACUCCUUGACUAUCAUUGGAUUGGAAAAGAUGGUCAACUCCAAGAGAAGGCUCUUGACACUGGACCCGGCGUGGAAACCGCCCUCUGAGAUGCAAACGGCACGUCUACUACCAGAUUCAGUCACAACGCAUUUCUUGCGGCGACACUGGAUUCUAUGGCAAUACCGCAAAUCGUGUAGAUACUUGCGACGCUUCAAUGCCUUUGAGACGGUGCAUAUUGCCUGA